AUGGAUUUCAGAAGUCUGGAUUGUAUGUGUGACUCGGACGAGGCCAUCUUAGAAGAGCCAUACCGCCCAUUCUACAACAUCUUUGCAUCGAAGCCGGUGCUCGUCAAGCAAGAUAACGACUAUAACCGAGCAGCCUUUAGAGAGCGACCUCUGCUUGGAGUGUUGUUGUUUGACAAUAUUGCCUCGGAAGCACGAGAUAUUGCUGCCAAUGAAAGAACGUUUCUAUCCUGGCUGAAACUCAGUGUGUACAUGUCCAUUGUGGCUGUUGCGAUCGUUCUGAACUUCCACUUGAAGCCAGACCAAUCCACGCUUGAAAGGAAGUGGUCACUCCCGCUGGGCAUUGUGUUCUGGUUGCUCUCAUUGGCAUGCCUGUUGUCUGGAGUGGCCAACUACAUCGCUACAGUUUCAGGCUACAGUCACCGUCAGGCCCUUGUGCAAACAGGCUGGAAGACACAGACAGUAUUCACCGUAGUCGCAGCAGCAAUUGUAGCCACUUGCGUGCUGUUAUUAUCUACGAAAGCGCAAAAUCGGUAA